UUCGCUGGGAAGGCUAACCAUGCUGCGCGAUACGGCUGAAGCGGUCGGAACUAGGCUGCGCUUGCGAAUGGAGGGAUUUGCUUUGUCCGCCACUGGCUCUACCUUUCCGUGACCACAAAUUGAAUUUAUACAUUACUAGUAUUAAUUAUUAUAUACGUGUUCCAAUUUACAAGCAUCCAGAUGCUUUAAUACGCUUAGGUGAGUUUAUGAGAGACUAGAAACACCUGUUACUGGACCUGCAUAUAGAUAGUUAAGUUCAGACUUAUUUUUUUUGCGCUCAAAGCGCAGAUCACUGUUUAUUUACUUUGAAGGCUAAAGCUGAAAGCCUUUUACGGAGCUAAUUUUCUUCUGGUUUGCUUUGUUGAUCUGCUUUAUGAAAUUGACUGGGAACAUGGAUGGAAGAGAAUCGUCUACAACUACAUCGUCUGGGGUAUUUGGGCGGAUCUGCGGAUCCCGUGGAAACUAGAAGCAGACAUUACAAAGCUUUAAAAUAAUAUAAAUCAGAUAACGCGUUUGUUCUUGUGGAAGUCUCAUACGAACGUUUUUCUUUAUUCUUUAUUGUUCGUAAUAAACGGAAAUCCACGUUGGCGAAUAAAAAUGGGGAAAGACGAAUGUAAAACCAUGCUGGAUGCCCUGAAUAAAGUGACUGCUUGCUACAGGCAUUUGGUCAUCACCCUCGGGAGCACCGCGGACUCUCAAAACCUGAGAGAGGAGCUGAAGAAGACGCGCAAAAAGGCACAGGAGUUGGCCGUGGCCAACAGGACUAAACUGACGGCUUUGCUGAAGGACAAGAGCAUCAGCAAAGAGGAGCGCUCCGAAUACGAGAGGCUAUGGGUCCUCUUCAGCAGCAACAUGGAGCUGCUUGAAGUGGACAUGAAGCGAUCUUUGGAAAUCGGACAGGACUUCCCAUUGAGAGUGCCCACCAAGCACCUCAUUCAGACGGGGAUGAAUGGCAGUACUACUACCGUGGCGGCGAGAGCCAUGAGCAUCCAAAACAUGAAAUACGACGCGGACAAUAACAUCGACACGGAGGAUCUGAAGGAGCUUGAGACCGAGAUCACACAGGUCGGUCAGAUGAUCGAGGAGAUGGAGAUGAAAGUCCAAGUGGCGCCCUGGGCGGUGGAAGCCAAACAGGAGGCAGGUGCGGAGCUCAAGUCCACUGCUAGUGUGGGCAACUCCUCCGUGGGUGUCAUUUCCAUUUGCGAAGAGGAGCCCAAAGAAGUAGAGAGCGAUGGAGGCAUCAUGAAAAUAUUUGCAGGAAUCGUUUUCACUGCGGUUGUGUUAAUUGCGGGCAUUUUAGGCUACUUAAUCAUAAACCUCUGAAUAAGCCGAACAGACUGUCUUUUCGCUUGGAGAUUAGGCCCAUUCUAGCAACAUCCUGCUUUUUACUAGACAGGCACUGCAAUGAAACGGGCUUUGAGAAGUUGGACAUCAUACGAGAUCAGUGCCCAUACCGAUAGCGAAAAAAAAACAAAAUGAGCACAAGUCACCAUGUGCAUAUAAUAAACAGAUUGUGGUUCCUACAUGCUUCUUAGAUGCUCGUCAAACUGAAGGCAGGUAUAAAACCAUUAAAACGUUAUCCUAAACGUCUGCUGUCGAUCGUUCCAGUCUAGAAAUAUCUACGUGUAAGGGUAUUGACAGAACCAAAAUAUCGGCCACUUCUGGUCUACAGAAAGCUCUGAGCAUCCCAGUAUGUCUAGAAGUUGUUCCAUGUGAGUGCAAUCGGACAAUAUGUUGUGCAUUCAGUGUAAGUGUUUUGUCACAGCAACAACAUGUUAGCCUAAAAUGACCGCACUGUAUGUCGCAAUUAGUAUCUGUGGUCUUACAUGUUCGAUGAGGUCUUCAGGUUUUAUAGUGAUUAUUGACAGCCUGUUUCCUUUAUUCCUGAUGGCUUAUGUUGUACUUAUAUGGAUGCAUAGAUACGAUGUUUCGGUUAAAAAAGUUGAGGAGCUGUACAGACUUUUUCCGUUUUAAAUAGUGUAUAUAAUGAAGUAUAUUUAAUAGAAUAAACAACAUUUAAUGACAAAUCCAGCUGUUUGGGAAUUUGAUUUGUAUAGAGGUUUGGUAGAACCAGUCAAAAAUAAAAAUGUUUUACUGUGGAGUAUUAACAUUAAACAUGCAUGACAAGGUCUUCAACUGUCAGUUUAGGAAAUACAUUACAUCUAGAUAUAGAUUUAACAGAUCCGUCUGGCUGCCGUAGACUAUAUUACUGUCUUUUGUAUGCCAGUGUACUGAAGUGCCUAGACAUGGGACUGGGCGGUGAAUCUGGCAGCUGAUGAACUAUGAGAGGAAGACAAUCUUCCUUUUUCUCUUUGCACUUCUUGUGUUUGAUUUUGAUAUUUCAGUGAGCCAGCAUUCAUGUGAAAAGAUGCACCAAAACGUGCUUUGUGGAAAUGCAACGACCUGCAUUGCCCUCGUGUAGCUUGUUGUGGGAAAAAUCAAUUCUGGGGCACUGUAAAUCAAUUAGGAGGCUGAUUUAUAGAAACUGAAUCUUUACAGAGGCUAGAUGCUCUUUGACUGAGACCCCCUUUCCCCCUGGCAUAUAUAUCACGUAGAGAAGACUGAACCUCGCUUAUGGUUUCUAGUUGCUGGAAGACACAUUUAAAAAGUGCACUUAAAAGUAGACUGAGCUUCAGAGGUCUCUGUGUGCUUUGCCUCGUAAUGUGAUUAUGUGCUAGACUUUCUAAUGUUGUCUCAGGAGCGACUU